AUGGCUCCCGCUAUCGUCUCAGACAUCGAGCUCCCGGCCAAUGUGCCCGAGUCCCAAAAGACACCCGCCUCAAAAGCAUCAACCUACAAGCUCUUCUCACUCGAGAACAAGACCAUCGCCAUCACAGGAGGAGCCCGUGGUCUGGGUAUUACCCUAGCACUCGCCGUUGUUGAAGCUGGUGGCAGUGUAGCCUGUCUAGACAUUCUCGAAGAGCCAUCGCAAGCAGAGUGGGCACAGCUCAACAAGAUCGCCACAGCCAACAAAGUGUCUGUGUCUUACCGGAAAUGCGAUGUUACAGAAGAGCAAUCUGUCGAGAUAGCGAUGAAGGAGAUUGCAGCCGAAGCCGAAAAGUUUGGAGCGCCUUUCUGGGGGACCAUAGCUUGUGCCGGUAUCCAGCAGCAAAUUGCAGCGCUUGACUAUCCUGCUGCCGACUUUGACCGAAUUCUGCGAGUCAAUGUGACUGGUGUCUUUAAUACUUGCAAGUAUGCUGCAAGAGUACUACGAGAAAACAACAGCCCUGGCAGCAUUGUGAUUAUUGGCAGCAUGUCGGGCAGCAUUGCUAAUCGAGGCCUUUCUUGCACAGCAUACAACUCCAGUAAAGCUGCAGUCCAGCAAAUGUGCCGAUCGGUCGCUCAGGAAUGGGGUCAAUACGGUAUCCGAGUCAACACAUUGUCUCCCGGCUACAUUCGAACUGCCAUGACAGACCAGUUGCUCCGAGAGAACCCCGAGGUCGAGAAGACGUGGAUGGCUGGUGCUCUGCUGGGACGUUUAGGCGCCCCCGAGGACUUCAAAGCGCCAGCUGUGUUUUUGCUAUCUGAGGGUGCUUCUUUUGUGACAGGAACCGACCUGCGGGUAGAUGGAGGUCACUGCGCAUCUGCAUAG